AUGUCAUCCAGUAACCUCCCCGACCUCAAGAUGGCGAGUAAGAAGCUACUCACAAGGCUGAUGCGGUCAAGCAAAGCCGAUUUCCGGAUCACGUAUUACAUUUACAUGGACCCCAGUCUCGCCGUUGAAAACAGCAGACUCCUCGCCCGAGCCUUCAACGAUCCAGCCACCAAGGGAAAUUUUCGCGAGGUCAGGGUAGAAGAAGAUGGGAUCUCAAGCCAGGAGCCAAUAGACCUUGUAGCCCUCCAAAUCGACGCCGCCGCGAUCCCCGUAGCCUCGGGCCACGCCGGGAUCCUAGCCGAGAACCGGGCGGUGCGCAAGUUCUGCACCGACACGUACCAGCUGCUCCACAACCCGGCGUUUGUCAACCGCGCUCUGGGCCUGCCCACCACGGCCCCGCUGCCGUGGACGCACCUGCACAUCCGGCGGACCGAUGUCGGGCCCCAAGACCCCUGUUACACGGACAAGUACUACCUCCCGCAGGCCUGGUGGCCGUGGGUCGCCGGCGCGCCGUCGGCGCACCCCACAGCCGCCCCCGGCAUGGCGUGCUUUAGAAUCCUGGCCCAGGCCGCGACCUGCUGCGUCGCCUCGGACCCGUCCUUGUCGCCGGUGCUGUUUGAGCAGCCCUGGUGUCUGGGCGCGUACGGCGUCGUGCUGAUGAGGAUGGUUGCGAGGUUCUCGCGCUGCGCGGAUGAGCUUCGCCGUGAGAUCGACGGCGUCCUCGGUCCGGGUGGUGUGGAGGUGCGCCACGGUCAGGCGGUGGCAGAUUUGAUCUACAGCCUGAGCCGGGAGAUGCAAAACGUCGUGGCGGUCCUGCGCAGGAAGCACUGGGACCACUUUGGUCAGCCGUCGCGGAGCUGUCGGUUGCGCAGCAGGUACAACAUAUGGAUAGGCGGCAGACGGCAUGAUGCGAGGAGGGUUUUUGAGAGGCAGCUUCUUGAAGUCCAGCAAAGCAUGACCGCCGCAACAACCACCCUCCGCACCCUGGCCAUGACCACCCGCCUGUCCAGCCCAGAUGGCAAGUCGCCCGCGGGCCUCGCAUCGGUUCUGGCCGCGACCCGGGCCAAGGUAAUGACGCCCGCCGAGCGGCAGGCAGUUCUGGGGUUUGUCGCGCGAGCAUGGUGCGGUGCCGAUGAGCACUACAGCAACCACCCACAACCACACCCCUCGCAGACGAUGAUGCGAGACUCUUUGGUCCGCGGCGCACAGCGAUGGGCGGGUGAGCACGACGAGGCGCGGCGGCACCUGCGCGGCCUGCUCGGCAUGUGGUGGGACGUCGAGGCCUGGCUGGACCCGGCGGCGGUGAACGACGACAACCGGGCCGCUGUCGAGGGUGCGCUCGCGCCGCCGGCGUGGGCAGGGCAGGGGGAGCGCUGCGGCCUCGGGCGGCCCGCGUGGGUCCUGGGCUGUGCGGAGGCGGCGCGGUCAGUGGUCCGCGUGCCGUUCCCGGGAGGAGCCGGGGGUGGAGAGAAGGCCGGCAAAGACGCCGAGUCUAACAGGGACAGCAGCAGCAGGAGCAGCAGCACGCUAUGCGGCUCCUCGGAUCAAGAACCGCAAUCGGCCAACUGGAGGGUCGUCUCGGGUGAGCACGACGGGGUGCCUCCGAGCUGGGUGCGACGGGCGCGCGAGAUGCGUGGGAUGCAAUGGGUGAUGAUAUGA